UGCGCGUUCCGUCAGUCCCUCCCUCCGUCCUGCCUAUUCCUGGUGGUAGCCGCAGUGGCCAGGGUGCGCCUGAAGCCCCUUCUGCUUUGCCCUCCAGCGACAGCGACAUGGGUGUCCCCCCGGUCCCAGAGGCCGGUGGUCGGAGUUGGGGAGCAGCGCUACUUGCUUUCUUCCUGGUUGCCUCUCGAGGUCUGGCGGCCGCCCUCAAGGUCGCCACACCGUAUUCCUUAUACGUGUGUCCGGAGGGACAGAACGUCACCCUCACCUGCAGACUCUUGGGUCCCGUGGUCAAAUCACAUGACCUGAUGUUCUACAAGACAUGGUACCGCAGCUCACGGAGCGAGAUGCAGGUCUGCUCGGAGCGCUGGCCCAUCCGCAACCUCACCUUCCAGGACCUUCAUGUGCACCACGGAGGCCACCAGAGUGCCAGCACUGACCAGGAGCUGGCCGAGCGCCAUGGGCUGGAGUCGGCCUCCGACCACCAUGGCAACUUCUCCAUCAUCAUGCACAACCUGACCCGUCUGGACAGCGGUCUCUACUGCUGCCUGGUGGUGGAGCUCAGGCACCACCACUCAGAGCAGAGGGUUCACGGCGCCAUAGAUCUGCAGGUGCAGACAGGUCAAGAAGCGCCAUCCAAGUGCAUCGCAUACCCACCCUCCCCCAGAGACAGUGAAAACAUCACAGCUGCAGCCCUGGCCACGGGAGCCUGCAUUGUGGGGAUCCUUUGCCUUCCCCUCAUCCUGCUCCUGGUCUACAAGCAGAGGCAGGUGGCCUCUAACCGCCGUGCCCAGGAGUUGGUGCGAAUGGACAGCAGCAACACUCAAGGAAUCGAAAACCCCGGCUACGAGGUCUCUCCGCCCUCUCAUGGGGUGCCAGAGACCAGACCCAGGCCUCCCUUGUCCUAUGUGGCCCAGCGGCAGCUUUCCGAGUCCGGGCGGCACCUACUCUCAGAGCCAAACACUCCUCUGUCUCCACAGGGCCCGGGGGAAGUCUUCUUCCCAUCCCUGGACCCUGUCCCUGACUCCCCAAACUCUGAGGUCAUCUAGACAAACUGGGGCCAGUUGGCCACUGUGACUGGGCCUGGUACUUUCAAUUUGAGGCUGUCCUGUGUAUGGACCCUGUGGUCUUGGCCCUGGUUUUUUCCCUUCUGCUUUGACCCCAGAGAUACCCCUGGUGGCUAGACCUUCAAUCUAUCUGG